AUGCUGCCUCCGGAGCGAAGCCACCACAAAUGCAUCGUCGAACGCAUAAGCCGUAGCAACCAGCUCGUCGACAGCCGCUGCCUCCACAUAGUCUGGAUCUCCACUCGCAGCGAGCAGGGCAAAUACGCCGGCUUCAAGAUCAUCCUCUCCCCUGUUAAUAAAACAGUCGAUAUCACCGACGUCUCGUUCCUCCACGCCAUCAAAGCGGCGUGGGAUAUGGUGUGGUAUUGGUUAGGUAAGAUGCUGACAUCGGGCGAAGACGUCAACUUCGCGACAUUUAACGAGGAAUACAUCAGACAAACCCUGGCUGAGCCACAAAAUCCUAUAGAGGUCGAGGAGAGAAAUCUAACCUCCAAGGAGUAUGACGACCUCUAUUUUAAGGAGGUUCAAUCUGUCGUGGCGCGUAAGAAUGCUAACCGCGAGCAGAUCCGGCAGCAAGAGAAGGAAGCCGAGCGGGACGUGAUAAGCAUCCUCCAAAAGGCUCCCGGCUUCGAGGCGCGAAAAGAAGCCCUCGAGAACUGGAUUGCGGAUUCUUCUAACCACAAGCUGGUGGAUCACCCACGCGAGUUCGCCGAGAAGAUCUGGAUACAGCAGAGCCAGCUAUUUUCCGACAACCGGCGCGAGAUAUCCAGCUGGUUUUGGUCUCUGCGAAAUUUCGCAGAGCCCGUAGCAUCCCGUUCAGCAGAGAUCCUGGCCAAGCCACCAGCCGCUUCGCAGCCGAAACGAGUCGCUAACCCCUCAAGUCAGACAUCAAAGGGGAAAGAGGUCGAGUCUCUGGACCAGUUAUUCGCCCGGACCAUGCAGAUAACGAGCAAGAGCUGGGCUGACGAAGUCGAGUCCGAGGGAGCGAACACCGCCUAA